GCGGCGCUGGCCGGAAUGCGCCCCAGCCUGUGGCCCUGGCUCCCGGGCCUGGGUGCAGCGAGACCCCAUGGCAGGUAGCGGUGCCUUAGGUGGCGGGGCCGGGGGCGGCCAGAGCGCGGGGACUGGGCAGGGGGCCACGUUGCGGGGGCCUCGCGCGCCGCUGCUGCUAGUGGUUCUGGCUCUCGGCGCCUAUUGCCUCUGUGCCCUCCCCGGCCGCUGCCCUCCGGCUGCUCGCGCCCCCGCGCCAUCCGCCGCGCCCACCGAACAGUCCCGCUCUGGCCGCCGCCCCGGAGCGCCGGAUCUGCCAGUGGCCAGCGGCUCCGGCCACCGGCGCUUCCCGCAGGCGCUCAUCGUGGGCGUGAAGAAGGGCGGCACGCGCGCGUUGCUCGAGUUCCUGCGGCUGCACCCCGACAUCCGUGCACUCGGCUCCGAGCCCCACUUCUUCGACCGGUGCUACGAGCGCGGCCUCGCUUGGUACCGGAGCCUGAUGCCACGCACUCUGGAUGGGCAGAUCACUAUGGAGAAGACCCCAAGUUACUUUGUGACUCAAGAGGCCCCCUGCCGCAUCCAUGGCAUGUCCCCGGACACGAAGUUGAUUGUGGUGGUGCGCAACCCCGUGACUCGUGCCAUCUCUGACUAUGCCCAGAUGCUCUCCAAGACCCCAGGCCUGCCCAGCUUCCGAGCACUGGCCUUCCGCCAUGGCCUGGGCCCUGUGGACACUGCUUGGAGUGCUGUGCGCAUUGGCUUGUAUGCCCAGCACCUGGACAACUGGCUGCGCUACUUCCCCCUGUCUCACUUCCUGUUUGUCAGUGGCGAGCGCCUGGUCAGUGACCCUGCUGGGGAGGUUGGCCGAGUACAGGACUUUCUGGGCCUCAAGCGAGUAGUCACAGAUAAGCACUUCUACUUCAAUGCCACCAAGGGCUUCCCUUGCCUCAAGAAGGCUCAGGGCAGCAGCCGGCCCCGCUGCUUGGGCAAAUCCAAGGGUCGGCCUCAUCCCCGUGUGCCGUGGGCCUUGGUCCAGCGCCUGCAGGAUUUCUACCGGCCCUUCAACCGCAAGUUCUAUCAGAUAACUGGCCAGGACUUCGGCUGGGACUGAGCUCAGAAACUUUAAUUUAUGUGUGUUUGCCUUGCCAGAGAAGGCUGCAUUCACAUGCUGGGUAAAUAUUUAAGAAAUAAAGUUUGGAUCUGUA